UCGGUCCCGGCCAAUCGCGGCGGCGCUUGCUUUGCCGAUUAGGCAGUAUCAACAUGGCAGCUUUCUGAGUUUUUGGAGGAGGGGGACCUGGUGUAAAUAAACACACAUUUCACGUUAAGCAGAGAACGACAGCGUUCGCGUGUUUGUGUCCGGGGCUGGUUGGGGGUCGUAGAGGGGAAAAUGUCGACUGACGGGAAUAAAAAACAGUUCUGGAAAAGAAACGCAGCGAAGGUUCCCGGCAGCAUUCAGCAUGUGUACGGCGCACAGCAUCCACCUUUCGACCCGCUCCUCCACGCUAACCUAAUUAAAGCUGGUAACAAGCCGCCUCCGGCCACUCCGGGCAAGCCCAAGAAGGCCACCACCUUCCAGGAGUUUGAGAGCAUCACAAGUGACGCCUGGGAUGUUGGGGAUGACGACGACGAGCUGUUGGCUAUGGCUGCACAGAACCUUAAUAUCGAGGUGGUCAUGGAGACAGCAAAUAAGGUGAUCGAGAAUCACAGCAAGCAGCAGGAGCGACAGAGGCAGGAUGACACGACAGAGCUGGAGCAGAGAGAAGACGACACGCAGGAGGAGGCAGCAGAGGACGAGGAAGAGGAUGAAGAAGAGGAGGAGGAGGAAGGAGACGUGACCAGCCCAGAGGUGUCAUUUGCCUCCCAGAGCAGCCCUUACACUGAUGGCCGCCUAGUGAAGUCCCACAGUGAAGCUCCAAUUGGGUCACCCAAAGAUGCAGCAGGUGAGCAUGCAGCCCUCCACAGACAGCGCUCUCUGCCCCACCGGCCGCCCGUCAUCCCGCUUGUGGCUCGCAUGGCUGACCAGAACACAUCUGGCACGCCGGCCAUGACCGAGAGGGAAGCGUCCCGUCUGGAUAAGUUCAAACAGUUGCUGGCUGGGCCCAACACAGAUCUGGAGGAGCUACGGAAACUCAGCUGGUCUGGAAUCCCACGACAGGUCCGACCGAUAACGUGGAAGCUCCUUUCAGGUUACCUGCCAGCUAAUGCAGAAAGGAGAGACAGCGUCCUACAGAGGAAGAGACAAGAAUAUUUCGGCUUCAUUCAGCAGUACUACGACUCCCGCAAUGAUGAACACCAUCAGGACACAUACAGACAGAUCCACAUAGACAUUCCUAGGAUGAGUCCUGAGUCUUUGGUGCUGCAGCCAAAGGUGACAGAGAUUCACAUUGACAUACCGAGAACUAAUCCUCUUAUUCCUCUCUUUCAACAAGCUUCUGUCCAAGAGAUUUUUGAGCGGAUCCUGUUUAUCUGGGCCAUCCGCCAUCCGGCCAGCGGCUACGUACAAGGCAUCAACGACCUGGUCACGCCGUUCUUUGUCGUCUACGUCUUUGAGUACAUUGAGGAGGAAGUGGAAAACUUUGACGUGUCCAGUCUUCAGGAAGAGGCUCUGAGGAACAUUGAAGCUGACAGCUUCUGGUGCAUGAGCAAACUACUGGACGGCAUCCAGGACAACUAUACAUUUGCCCAGCCAGGCAUCCAGAGGAAAGUCAAGGCCCUGGAGGAGCUGGUCAGCAGGAUUGAUGAGUCAGUGCAUCGCCACAUGCAGCAGUACGAGGUGGAAUACCUGCAGUUUGCCUUUCGCUGGAUGAACAACCUCCUGAUGAGGGAGCUGCCACUACGCUGCACGAUAAGACUGUGGGACACCUACCAGGCUGAACCAGAGGGCUUCUCCCAUUUCCACCUCUACGUGUGUGCCGCCUUCCUGGUGAGGUGGAGGAAAGAAAUUCUAGAGGAGAGGGAUUUUCAGGGCCUGAUGAUCCUCCUGCAGAACCUUCCCACAAUGCACUGGGGCAACGAGGAAGUGAGCGUGCUGCUGGCCGAAGCCUACAGGUUGAAGUUUGCCUUUGCUGAUGCGCCCAACCACUACAAGAGAUGAUAAGCGUGGCUCUCUGCAGCCACUCCCCUCUUCCUCCUCCUCCUCCUCCUCCUUCUGCUCUUCCUCCUCCUUUCCCACCCUGCAGUCGUCUACUGAACUUUAGAGGCCUCUAUUCCCACGUGGAAGGACCUUUGCCCCCUUUUUUCUUAACCUCCCGUUCCCCGUAUCGCCCAGUGGGCCUUUCAGCUACUAAGAGAUUUGAAUCAACCAGUGACUGAGGACGUGCGGUGUAGCAUUCAAACAUGUUGAUGUGGAGCCUCUUUUUUUUUUCUUUUUUAAAUUAUAUUUUUUCUCUGAUCAGCUCUGAAGUGUGCACUCCUUCAGUCCAGCGCAGAAUCCUCUUCAUCAUUGAAGACCACGACUUUCUGUUGGAGAUCGGUCCGCUCAAGCCGACGCCUCAAACUUCAACCUCAGGCCUGAUGCAGGACCACGAGCUGUUGCUCAGCACCGCCACGGGGACUUAGUCUGGCUCAGAAAAAAAAAAGUUAUUUUCUGCUAAUUGUUGUUUCCAAUACCAUGGCAAUACAUUGUUUUUUGGUCCUGGAGGUAAAAAUGUGACUUUUUUUGUUUGUUUGUUUUAUUUACAAAGACAAAGAUAGAUGGCAAAAGGGGGCACUAGAUGGUUUGCAUAUCUAAGCCCUCUCUCCUGGUCACAACACAACCUUGAAAGAACGUGACAUCUCCCGUGUUUCUUUUCACUCCUGCUUCGUGCCACAGUUUGUUUCCCUUCAAACACACUUUGCAGGGAGAGAGAUUGUUAGUCUCUGAGGAGAACCAUACCCCCACCCCCUCUAUCUCUUUUUAUCCCACCCUCACUGCACCAUCACAGCUUUCGAGCGUAAAAACAAACGGUGGUAAGAGGCUGCAGUUCAGGAGUCACAUCGACAUCACAGAAGGUUGUAAGCCAUUAGGAGUAAGAAAGCUUGUUCAGUUUCCCUUAGACCUGCUUAUAUAUGAAGAGACAUGUCUUAUCUAUUAACUACCCCUCGUCCUCAUCCUCCUCCUCCUCCUCUCUGAACCCAGGACUACCUCAGAACACACAUUAAAACACAAGUGGUGAGAGCCAGAAAUCCACUCCAUAAAGCAUACACAGAGUUUAGUAACACGUACGUUUGCUCUCUGCGGUGAGAAACAAACACACCUUCAAACAAGCGCACAUCAGUAUGGGGUCAAAAUGAACAAUUUGAGAAAUCACGCAUUCACAUUCAAAUCUGCUUCUUCACAGGGAUGUUUUUGAAGAUCCAAAUUAACAAUUUUGCCUUAAUUUAGAUAUGUUCAUCGAUUAUUUCUCUGUUUUCUCACAAACCUCUCCUCCUCCUGUUCUGUUGAACAUCCACAAAUGAAAAGAGUGACAUAAAUUUUAUGGCGAGAGCACCGAGCUCAACAUUAUCGAGUGAUUCUCAUCCACGAGGCCUUCUUUGUCAAUUCAUUUUAACACCUGAACCUGUGACAGCAGCAUCUCUCUUUCACCUUGAAUACGCGUCUUUGAUCCAUAGCUGGUUCUCUUAAUUAAAUCAUGUGUAACCAGCGUGCUUGUAAAAAGUACUCUCUUCGAACUUUGUAUUCUGGCAGUUUGUCCCGUGCAGAUCAUCACAGAUAUCGGCGGCUGUGACAUCCCGGAGAUGUAUUAGACACACUUACAAUACAAAGCGCUCUCCUCAGUCAACUUCUGGAUCCGUCAAUCUGCAUAUCCUUCAUGUUGUCAUGAGAAACAAUAGUAAAUCAAGGCUUAGCUGUGUGCGCUAUCGGCCUUUUUUUGAAAAGAAAUGUUCGAAUAAUGACACAACCAUCAUUACCGACUGUGUCUGAACUCUAAUGUGACAGAAACGUGAGAGGUUUAGCAGAUAGAAAUGAUUAAACUCACCCUUUAAUGGAAAAUUAUUUUGCAUACAGCGAUCUGGACUUAAAUGAACAAACUCCCCCCUCCCCGUGUAACACUGGUCACUGCUCUGUUCACACAGAGCACAUGGGAAGUCAGUAGCACCAUACUGGUGUACCGUUAAAAAGGGGGGGGGGGAUAAUCAGACUUUCAUGGCAUAACACAAAGCUGUUAGCGUUAGCAGCCUCCUGUCGCGACUCCGCCAGGAUCCAUUAUUGUCAUCCCCAGCCCGCAGAAGACGGGUGUGCGUAGGUGUGUGAAGGGGAGAUGGAAGGAGAGAGGGAUGGGGGUUGUGUUUCUUUGGAGGUUUCAGUGCUUUUUCUGUGAGAGCUGUCAGUCUUUGAUCACACGUUGGGAUUUUUUUUUUCUUAAACAAUCUGCACCAGUUUCACAGGCCCCUCGUCUCCCGUGCUCUCUGACAAGGAAAAACUGCACUUAAUUUAAAAGUCUAUAGCCUUUUUUCCUCUCUCUCUCUGUUUUCUAUGAGAUAUAUUCUUUCAAUCAACAUUUUUAAGAUUUGUUUUUCUUUUUUUUCUUUUGGUUUUAUUUUUUUUUUUAAUGCUGUUUACAUGACAAGCCUAUUAAGUUGUGCCUGACUCUGGAGACAUAAGACAACAUCCUAGUUAUGAUUUUGACCUCAUGAACAUGAAGGGUUUCAGAUUUUUGCAAGCAAUAGAAUGACAUUUUGAAUUUGCUGUGAAAAGACUGCGCACAUCUAGUUUUUUUGGGGGGCGGUCUGUUAGCCAUCAACAUGAACUGUUUAAUCAUUCUGUAGUUAUGCUUAACUCCUCCACCGAACAGCAAUUGUCCAGUCAAGGCUUAGCAACCGUCGAGGCCUGUCAAGCUUUGGAUUUCUCCACAGGUUGAAGUGGCGUGCAUGAGGCUGUAGAACGAGAUUGAUACUCUCUGUCUCUGAUGCUUAGCCUCACCAAAACCACAAGAGGUAAACUGUAAGGAGUGGGGAAACCUAGAGUUACUUUCAAGGCCAAAGAGCCCAUAGUUUGCGUACAUUCACUUGUGCGGUUACAGAUUACAUAACCAAAAUACAUCCAAUACUCCAGAUUCUCCUCCGUUCUGAUCUUUAUUUGGUUCUGGGGACGUUUACACUCCAACAAGACCAAUAAACGUUGCCCGAGUUGGCAUUAGCUACGUUUGCCAAAGUUAUUGGUUAGCCCCUCAACUGAAACUCCUUUCCCCUUGUCUCUAAGGUUCAAACUGAACAUACUAUUUUAAAAUUACAAAUAAUCAAAGCUAAGCAGCCAAACAGGGUCUGACAUUUUACCAUACUUUUAAUCUUCGGACUAACUCAGCUAACUAUCUAGUCUACAUGUAUCAUCAACUGGUGAGGAUGCUGACAUUACAGCUUUAGCCUUGUGUCUUUUAGCACAGUCUCAUGUAUGUAGCAACCAGUUUCAUCUUCAACACCUUAAAAAGGUCAGGCGAUAUCAGUAAAAAGUCAGCUUGGUAAAACAUUUGAAAUCACCUUGUGGAUUAAUGUUUAGUUAGCUAGCUGCAGCUGACUACAAACUGCUUUUGUCUGGCGCUGUCUUAAAUAAAGAUCCCACUGUUUUCCAAAAAUAAGAAUUACUUUUGAAUUUGAAGUGACAAAUCUGCCUCCGUCCUCACUGUAAACUGUGCUAAGAAAGGAAAGCUCGACAGGCCGUAGCAACAGUAACUAAGGGGGGGGCGGGCAUUCACAAGCUGUCACUUAUUGUCCCAUUUAUGAUUCAGAGCUCUUCUUUUCAAGAUGUUAUGUUGCCUUAUUGCACUCAUUCAAUAAGUUUUGCCUGGGACAUCAAAUAAUGUUGGAGGUUGACAGUUACUGUAUUCUAUGUGUGUGUGUCUGUGUGUGUGUGUGAGAGGCAUGAGCAAACAGACAAGGCUGGACCCCCCAUUUCGUCUUUUCAAAUCAUUAGAAGAGUUUCUGUAUUUUUGCUGUAAUGUCAUACGCAGUAAUUUCCCUUUAACAAGAAGUAGCUGCCUCCUCAGACUGUGUGAAAACCAGAGGAUUUAAUAAACAAACACACACUCUUGCUACUAAUGUCAUGUUAGCCUUCCUGUAACCCACUGUCUCUGAGCACACAUGUCUCCAUGGUGAUGAAGGCCAAGAUGGUAUCUAGCUGGAGCCCUUUUUCUCUUUGCCCACACACACAGUCACACACACGCACACACACACACAGGCAGACUUCAAACAUUGGUUGAAGCAUCGUAACGAGGGUGUCCUUAAGUAACAUCUUCAGCUGCUUUCACUUGUUUUAAUUUUUUUUUCACGCUCUACUUCUCCAGACACGAAAAUAUGUUCAUGAAAACCAAACUUUAAAAAAGAAAAAAAAAUCUCAUCUAUGUCUUUUGCCUCUUGAGUACUCCGAAAAAUCUAAUAAUACUAGAGCGUGUGGGCGACAGGAGUAGUGGUUCUUGAAUUUAAAAAUGUGUACAGAGAAGAUUUUGAAACAAAAAGUCUGUAAAUAGAAAGUGUAAAUAAAUCCUAUAUAUGACAAAAA